AUGGCUGCAGCGCCCUCAUGGCAACGACGCCCCGAUCUUUUGGGCCAAGCUCAAGCAAACCAAGACUCCGAGCCGUCUAAAACAUAUUUUUUGCCCUGUUUCACGCUGUCUCCCUCGGCGCUCGGGUCAUGGGGCGGUGGUGCGACGGCGCACUUGCAUCAUGGCAAGGGCCGUUGCCAUGGCGACAAAGUCAACAAGCGCAAGGAACAAGACCCCCAGCCGGAUGCGACUGCAAGGUCCCUCCGUCCCGGCGCUCUGUGCUUGCGCUGCGUGAGUUUCGGACCUACAGGUUCCAAUCAACGACAAUUAUCGACCGACGACAAUUUAUUCCGGACUCCCCUUGCGACCAAUAUGCUGUCCAAUCCAACGACAAACCUUCACUCGAGGCAGAGGCAACACCGCCGCCAAAAUUCGACACCCUCUGCCUUUGAGGGAGUGAAGGCCCAGAACCUGCCCGCCAACAUCAACCGACGACAAGCCGCGGCUCAUCGCCGCGGUCUCAGCCUGGACACCCGACGCUUCCAGCAGAUGACAUCACCAACGACAGCAAGGCAGGACAACAUGCAGCAACGCACACAAGCACGCCCGGGCCAGCACCCCAGGCAGAACCCCUACCUCGCUAUGAGGCAUGGGGAUACUGAAAACUUUAUGAUCUCCCCCAACCAUACCCCUCACAGCCAAAGGUUCGAUGCCUCAUGUUUUGAGUCAAGUUCCGCUCCCUUUGAUGCCUAUGGCGAGCAACUCAACAUGAUGAUGCAGAGAAACCAAGGGAACUAUGGUAACAACCUGUCAAGCGCCAAGGACUUUGACCUCUUUGCCGUCGAAAAUGGUCAGCCCAUGGCCUCUUAUGCCGACGUCCCAGAGAGCCCUAGCCAGGCCUGGAUGACCGAGGGUGGAAACGCAACUAUCCGCCGCUCAGCUCGCCGAAUUAGCGACGGCAUCAUGGGUCGUGUUGCCAUUUUUGAGAACAUGAAUGGCCAAGAGGCUCAAGCUCCUUCAACGCCCCCCAACCAAAACGAAAAUGCUUAUUUCCCUCCCACACCUAUGGACACUCCUCAUGACCGGGCUGCCAAGCAGGAAGCUCGCCCGGCCAGAUUCUCCGAGGAUUACGAUGAUAGUAUGGAGGAAACUCUUAAGCCUGCACGCACUCGUGGUCAGCCCCGUGCCCAGGACGUAUUCCAAGAAAUGCGCCAGCAAGCCCAGAUGACCAGUGCUGUGCCCAGCCCUCCCCGAUCCACCCAACUCCCCAACUCCAAGACCUUCAACGGCGCGCCAAUGCAGACUCCCGACUUCAUGGGCAUGAACUCGUUCAAGAAUGAGUUUAUGAAGAUGGAGGCAUUCGACACACUCUCACGCGAUGGCGACUUCCUCUCCGCGGAUGAGCUUUCUCAGCACCCCACCCCAGAGACUCAGCACAUGGGCAGCUUUGCCAACGGAUACGACAGCCAGUCUGAAUAUCAAAACUAUGAGGACGCAGUUGACGCGCAUCACCAAAAGCGAUCCAUGCAUCGCCGCACAGAAUCCGUUGCGAGCAUCGCAAGUGCCGCCAGCAUUGCCAGCAUCAUCAUUGAAGAGACCAAGACCGAGACUGGAGUUACGACCGAAGAGAUUGCCCAGUUCAUUCAGAGCCCUGAUACCAGCGAUGGUAAGUGGGUAUGUCUGUUUGAGGAGUGCGGCAAGGAAUUUGGUCGCAAGGAGAACAUCAAGUCGCAUGUCCAGACCCAUCUCAACGACCGUCAGUACCAGUGCCCGACAUGCAACAAGUGCUUUGUCCGCCAGCACGACCUCAAACGCCAUGCCAAAAUUCACACCGGAAUCAAGCCUUAUCCCUGUGAGUGCGGCAACAGCUUUGCCCGCCACGAUGCUCUGACCAGACAUCGCCAGCGCGGCAUGUGCAUCGGUGCUUUUGAUGGUGUGGUACGAAAAGUUGUCAAGCGUGGUCGCCCCAAGAAAAACCGACCCGACAUGGAGACGCGCAUGGAGAAAUCGGCUAGAACCCGGAGAAAGAACAACAUGUCUGUCAGCUCCAUGUCUUCCUUUUCUGGCUACUCGGACAGCUCGGUCGCCAACUCUCCCGAGCCCGACUUCAACAUGAACGAUGAGGUUAUGGACAUGGGCCCCAUCAACUCUUCUAUGCACGGCAUGGCUGCCCUCUCAUCUGCUCCUAUGCCCACAAUGGUCAGCCGCCGCGCCGUAGACAUGGCUUCCUCUCCGUCUGCGGUUAGCGUGCAUUCUUACGUCUCCCCCGAGGCCAUCAUGGACAAGGAGGCCAUGUCUCCUGCCAACAGCGCUGGCGGUCAUUAUAGCGCCCCUCCCUCGCUGACGCAGUCAUCCUCGCCGCCGCCAGCCGCUCUCUUCGGCGUGGACCGCAACGCCGAUGACCUGUCUGGUAUGCUUCCUGGAAGCGGCAUGGUUAACUCGGCAGCAGCCAACAGCACCCUGCCAAUGAACAUUGGCCAGCAAGAAGAAGACAUUAUGCUGCAAUUUACCAAUGACGACGGCCUCGUUCAACUCGAGCGUGACCCCAGUAUGUUGAUGAUGAGCAAGUUCGAUGAGGAGUUCAACAUGUUUACGAACAAUGACGAGCUCUUCUUUGGCAGCUCAUGA